GUCGGACGUCGCCUCGCGCAUCCAGGCACGGGUCCUCCAGGCGCAGCCGAUUCUCGAGUCUUUGGGCAACGCCGUCACCAUGCGCAACUCCAACUCUUCCCGCUUCGGCAAGUACAAUCGGGUGUUCUUCGACGGCUCUGGGACGUUGUGUGACGCAGGCAUUACUACCUACUUGCUGGAGAGCUCCCGGGUGGUCGUCCACGGAGACCGCGAGCGGAGCUACCACUGCUUCUACGAGAUGCUCGCCGGGCUGGAGGACGACAAGCUGCAGGCCUUCCAGCUCGAGCGCCAGACCGGGGAGUACCGCCUGAUAUCCACGCGGCAGGUCU